CACAAAAACACACAAGACCUCCUCCAGGUCUUCAACCACCAAAUAACAAAUAACAAACCACCAACUACAGAACUACUGUGCCAACAAUACCCCACAAUCCCUCGACCACACCAUGGUCUCCACCGCCACCACAAGCGCCGCAUCGCGCCUUCCCACAUCACCAGAAGGUGCGCCCUCACCCCUUCACCCGCACACCCACAACCAACCCCCACUAACACCCCCAGCAGCACCCACGCCCACGUCCACCCCACUCACCCUGGAGACACUAACCGUGCACUUGCUCACCCUGCGCCAACUUUCCCCCUCCGAAAAGUCCACCCUCGAAGCCACAGCGACGCGCAUCGCGACCUCGACCACGGCGCCCGCCUUCCAGGCCGACAUGCUGCGCCGCGUGCAGCGCAAGGCGGACGCACUGAGCCCGAGCGCGCCGUUCAAGCCUGGCGAUGUGCUGGGUGCGAGAGAGGGACGGGAGGCGUAUUUGAGCGCGUUUGUCGAGAUUGUCGAACAGUGGGUGCGGGAUGAGGAGACGGUGGGGGAGGUUUAG